AUGAACACGAAAGCGGCGAAUCUACUUGUCGAGAUGCGCGAGUACGGUCUGGCGUCUGAGUUAGACAAAAAGACACCCGCCACGCAGACGGCCAUACUUCUUCAUGUGGCUGGGCCUGAAGCCCAAGAGAUCUACCAGACGUUCGUGUUCCCGCCACAGGAAGCAGAGCAACCUGAUCCUAGACAGGAUGUCAACGCUGUACUCCAGCAAUUCAAGACAUAUUGCAACCCCAGGCGCAACACUGUAUACGAGAGACACAGAUUCUGGUCGAGAGACCAGUUAGAAGGUGAGGCAGUAGAUCAAUGGGUUACCGAGCUGAAAGUAAAAGCGGCGUUGUGCGAAUUCAGUGACCAACGCGAUCUUCUAAUACGCGAUAAGAUCGUGUUUGGCGUCCUCGACGAACGCGUGAAAGAGAGAUUAUUACGAGAAUCAGACCUUACUUUGCAGAAAGCGUUGGAUAUAUGCAGAGCAGCAGAAGCAACAAAGGAGCAGGUGCAAGCGAUGAACAAAGAGGCAAUGAAAGUACCCAUAGGCGCCGUUCGAGGUACACAGAAGCAGCGACGCAACGAGCCAGACACUAUGCCCAAUCUGAGCUCGAGGAUUCACGAUAGUGGCAAGUCAUCCAAGACCAGGCAAGCGGCAUGCAAGUAUUGCGGAGGCUUCCACCCACCUCGACAGUGCCCCGCCUACGGAAAGACGUGUUCAGCGUGUCACAAGAGAAACCAUCUGGCCAAAGUCUGUCUACAAUCGGCCAGGCAAAUUAGGCAGGUCGAAUUCCAGGUCGAGGAUGCAGAUGAAUCAGGCAGCGACGAGAAUGAAGAGCUACUGAUGUCACUUAUAUUCAUAGGACAUAUCCGGAACACGGCAGAAUGGACGGAACGCCUUGAUCUGGAGCGUGCGCAGAUUGAUUUUAAGCUGGACACCGGGGCCCAAGCAAACAUCCUGCCUUUUAAGGUGUACAGAGUUCUUAGGACAAAAUCGCAGCCCACCAGCAAGAUUCUUACAGUCAGCAGAAACAAGGCGAGCUGCAGAAAAAGGCUCACGUUUUAUGUUAUCGACCACAACCUAGCCAUCCUUGGAAGAGCAGCAUGCGAGGACUUGGAUCUGAUCAGGCGUGUGGACAAUGUGGUGCCUGUGGAUAUACAACCAGGUCACACCAGGCAGCAACACAUCGAGCAGAACAAGGAUGUGUUUAAAGAAAUAGGAGAGUAUGACAAAGAGUAUGACAUCCAGCUUCAAGCAGACGCUAUUCCGGUGGUACAGCAUCCGAGAGUCAUACCAUAUGCAAAGAGAACCAAACUGCAACAGACGUUGGCAAAACUGCAGCAACAAGGUAUUAUACAAGACGUCGAGGGCCCGACCAACUGGCUUCACAAUCUCGUGAUAACAGAAAAGAAGAAUAGGAACAUGAGGAUCUGUCUGGAUCACAGACCUCUCAACAAAGUCAUCAAAAGGGAGAGACACCACAUACCAACAAUAACAGAUGUCCAAGCCCGACUGGCUGGCAAAGCGGUAUUCACAGUAGUCGACAUGAAGGAUGCCUUCUGGCACGUCAAAUUGUCUAACGAGUCAGCGAGGAUGUGUGCAUUCAGCACCCCAUGGGGUAGAAAGUGCUUCACAAGGAUGCCGUUCGGACUGGCUUCAGCCAGUGAAGUGCUGCAAGAAAGGAACGAUCUCACAUUUGGGGACAUCCCAAACGUUCACGUGAUUGCAGAUGACCUGAUUGUGGCAGGCAAGACGGAAGAGGAACAUGACAAAGCCCUCGCUCAGGUGUUACAACGAGCAAGAGAAAGGAAUGUGCGAUUCAGUCCCCAGAAGCUACAGUACAAGGUUCGCCAAGUGAAGUAUAUGGGUCACAUUCUUAGUCAACAGAGACAGCGACCGGAUCCGGAAAAGAUUGAGGCGAUUGCGGGUAUGCCAAAGCCCCAAGACAAGCAAGCUGUACAGCGACUGCUAGGCAUGAUUAAGUUCUUGGCCCCCUAUAUUCCAGCGGAGUCCGAUAUCACAGCCCCACUCAGAGAUUUGAUAAAGGACGGAAGCAUGUGGAAAUGGAAUACACAGCAUGAUGCGGCCAUCAACGACAUAAAGCGAGCACUCACUAGUGAUCCAGUGCUAGCAUUCUAUGAUCCUGAGCAACCGGUCACAGUGCAAGCGGACGCGUCACAGAGUGGCUUAGGGGCAUGUCUCAUGCAGCAAGGCAAGCCAGUAGCGUACGCAUCACGGACACUCACAACCGCUGAAAGAGCUUACGCACAAAUAGAGAAAGAAAUGCUCGCCGUCACCUACGGAUGCAAGAAAUUUCACCCGUAUAUAUAUGGAAAGACCACCAAUAUUGAGACCGACCACAAGCCCUUGGAAGCUAUAAUGAAGAAGCCAAUUGGUGCAGCACCACCAAGGCUCCAAAGAAUGAUGCUACAGCUGCAGAGAUAUGACCUGGUGGUUCGUUAUGUUCCAGGCAAGCUAAUGUAUGCAGCAGACACUCUGUCGCGGGCGCACUUGGCGACUACUCACGACGCGGAUCCAGAACUUACCAGUGACAUGCAAGUCCAUGCUUUUGUUACUUCGCUGCCAGUAAGUGCAAAAAAGAAAGCGCAGUUACAACAGGCCACGGCAACAGAUCAAGAGCUACAAAGUCUCAAUCGACAAAUAGAAAUGGGCUGGCCUCCAAAGAUGGAGGAUGUACCAACCAAGAUACGAGCAUACUGGACGAUCAGAGACGAGCUUCAUCAGGCAGAGGGCAUAUUUUUCAAAGGAAGGAAGAUAAUCAUACCAAAGGCGCUACAAUCAGACAUGCUAAAGAUUGUACAUGAAUCUCAUCAAGGGCUGGAAAGAUGCAAAGAGCGAGCAAGAGCAGUCAUGUGUUGGCCAGGAAUGACAAAAGACAUCGACCAAGUGGUUAGUCAGUGCAGGACUUGUCUGCGUUUCCGGAGGAGCAAUAUUAAGGAGCCUCUUCUGCCGCAUGCACUACCAACAAGACCAUGGGAAAAGCUAGGAGUGGAUAUCAUGACUUUGAAAGCAAAAGAUUAUCUGAUAGUAGAGAACUAUUAUACCAAGUACAUAGACGUUCAGCAACUGAGAGACAAGACAUCAUCGUCGGUCAUUAACGCCAUGAAGUACACGUUCGCUACUCACGGUAUUCCAGAAGAAGUAAUAUCUGAUAACAUGCCGUUUGCAAGCAGAGAAAUGCAAGCAUUUGCCAAUGAAUGGGGAUUCACCAUUACAACCACAAGCCCGGGGUAUCCAAAAUCUAAUGGCUUUGCAGAGAGGAACGUACAAACCAUUAAGAACCUGCUCAGAAAGACACUUCAUGAUGGAGGAGACCCGUACCUGGCGCUCCUCAACCAAAGAAGCACCCCUAUACCGCAGCUGCAAGCGUCCCCAGCUGAGCUCCUCAUGGGCCGCACCUUGAAGACGAAGUUGCCGGCAGGCCCAGGAGUGCUUCAGCCACAAAUGCCUCGUGACGUAUCGGAACAGCUGAGACAACGACAACGGCAACAGAAGUACUAUCAUGACCAAGGAGCUCGACCAAGCAGAGAACUAUGCCCAGGCGAAGUUGUCCGAGUGCAAAAGGGAAAAGAAUGGGAACCCGCAGAAGUGAUAAAGCAACACGACACUCCGCGGUCGUACGUGAUAAAACACCAAGGCAAAGUUCUGCGGAGAAAUAGACAAUAUCUAAACCCCUCACCGCAACCGCUCUCGGAACACAGCGAGGGAUUGGACUAUGACUCAGACAACGUUGACAAAGACGAUACCAGCCUAGGAGAUCCGUCAGACAGCACAGAACAGGGACAGCAACUCCCAAGCUCGCCAAAGAAGGUGACCAGAUCGGGACGGGAGAUCAAAAAACCGACACAACUGAAGGACUUUGUUAUUUAUUAUCGAAAAUGA